CGCAAGGACCUGAUCAAGUUCCAGAGCAAGUUGCAAUCUAUCAUCCAUCAGUUUCGAGUCAUUCUUGCCAUCACCAACCAAUUGGCGUUAUUCAGCGACAACGAGACUAUUGAAGAAGUCAACACGAAGCACUUGCCGUUUCUUCUGGUGAAUUACUAUCUCGGAACGCUUUAUCUCGAUGCAAUAAGUGAUCCCAAAGCUGCCCAGGCUGGUAAUGUAGAUCCCAUAGAGUUCAGGACAGGCAAUCUUGAAACAGCGAAAACGAGCUUGAUUUCGUUUUUGGUGCAGGCGCAACAGUACGGUGCUCUCAGCAAGCUGCAAUCUGACCAGAUAAAUGGGUUUAAGGACACUUUCAACCCAACUUUGGCUGAGUUGGUACCUUCAAACCCUGCAGAAAGAAGGCAGAUCAAGAUAGACAACCACAGAUUGGAGAAGCAGCUCAAUGAAAAGUUGCUGAUUUUGAAUGAAUUUUAUGAUGCUGAUGAUGAUGAUGAUGACAAUGGAAUAGAGUUUGGUCGCUUUGACGACGAUACUGUACGAGCCAUAUACACUGAUCAAGUCACCUUAUUUGUCUUGAACUCGUUCUCCCUUCUAGAGUCUAUCAUUAUGGAGCUCAAAGUACUUCAGAAUAGACCAACAAGUUCAGCCCAAUCUGUAGAACAAGACCAGCGCGAGAAACCAAACAAGGAUAACGACUACGGCUUCACUACGAGAUUGGAGUCGUUGCCCAACCAGAAGAAGGGCAUCUCUGACUUGAUAUCCAAACAGGGCAAGAUUCUUCAGCCUUUCACUAUAACCUCAUCCAGACAACAAAUGAGAGAUAAGGUGUUUGGAACAGGCCAGGUGCUUCCUUCCAUGACUGUAGAGGAAUACUUGGACUACGAAUUGGCAAAUGGCAAGAUGAUGAAAGAAGAAGUCAAAGACAAAAACAAAGAGGAUGACGAUACUGAAGACAGCGACGAAGAGUUGGAAAAGAGAAGGUGGGACGACUGGAAAGACGACAAUCCGAAGGGAAGUGGAAACAUGAAGGCAAAUAUAGGAUAG